UGCGCGAGGAAAAGACGUCAGCGCUUGGAGAAUUGAAAGGUGAAAGGUCGUAUGGAAGAUGGCGGCUCUCGUGGAUGACAUGUUUACUCUUUGCGUGGAUCGUGAAAAAGCUGCCGGCAGCGUGGAAGUCAGAUUUAUCGACAGUGUAAAGGGCCACGGCGUUUUUGCCAGAAAAGCCAUGAAGAAAGGAGACACAAUUUUCAUUGAGCGUCCCCUCAUCUCUGCCCAGUUCCUGUGGAACGCUUUGUACAAAUAUAAAGCCUGUGAAUACUGUUUACGAGCUUUGGAGACUGCAGAGGAGAACGCGAGGAGACUCAGCGGCCUCCCCGGGCUCAGCCUGCCUCACCCCGAGCUGUGCCACGUUCGACCUGAAUUGCACCAGCCCUGCCCUCAGUGCCAGGUUAUGUACUGUAGCAGCGAAUGCCGACAAGCGGCAGCGGAUCAGUACCAUCGGGUUCUGUGUCUGGGUCCAUCCCAGGAAGAUCCCGAUCAUCCCAUCAACAAGCUGAAAGAUGCAUGGAGGAGUAUGCACUAUCCCCCAGAAACGUCCAGCGUCAUGCUUUUGGCCAAAAUGGUGGCUGUUGUCAAGCAGGCUAAAGACAAAGCUCACUGGCAGAAGAUGUUUUCACACUUCUGCAGCAGGACGGCCAACGAGGAAGAAGAGCUGGUCCACAAGCUUCUGGGGGAGCAGUUCAGAGCACAGCUGGCUCUGCUGCACAGCCUUUUCACAGCAGCACUUUUUGAUGAUCACCUCAGUCGGUGGUUUGUUCCUGAGGGGUUUCGCUCUCUGUUCGCGCUCGUGGGGACUAACGGACAAGGCAUCGGCACCAGCUCGUUAAGUCAGUGGGUUCAUGCCUGUGAUGCACUAGAGCUUCCCAGCCAGCAGAGGGAGCAGUUGGACUCGUUUAUUGACCAGCUGUACAAGGACAUUGAGAAAGAAACGGGAGACUUUCUGAACUGUGAGGGUUCUGGACUUUUUCUGCUUCAAAGCUCGUGUAACCACAGCUGCAUACCCAACGCAGAGGCAUCUUUCCCCAACAACAACUUCCUGCUUCACCUCAGUGCCCUUAGUGACAUCAGCCCCGGACAGGAGAUCUGCAUCAGUUAUUUGGACUGCUGUCAGCGUGACCGAAGUCGCCACAGCAGACACAAAAUUCUGAGGGAGAACUACCUGUUUGUCUGCUCGUGUCCAAAGUGCAACUCCCAGAUGGACGAUCCGGACGUGACGUCUGAGGAGGAAGAGGAAGAAGAGUGUGAGGCAGAAGGUGAAACUGAGGGAGACGAGAUGGAAGAUGAGAUGACGGAUGUCUGAUGAGAGACUUACCACAUAACUCGCAUUACUGGCUUAUUCAGGAGCUAUGUGGAAAAAAGAAAACCUUCAGUUAUUCUUUGGGUAGAAACCUUUCCUUCAGUGUUAUAGAUUUAAGUUUGCACUGCGGUCAGAAGAUAUUAAAUGGUGAGUUUUGUCAUCAUUUCAGCUCGACUUCAGUGCUGCAGAUUUUUCACUGAAAUAAUGACAAACUGAAGCACAGACCGU